AUGGCGGAUUACCCAUUGCCAGAUAGGCAGCACGGCGCUGCUGGCCCGGCUGUCGCGACUGCUUCUUCUCAUUUGCCCCCUCAAGCACAAGCUGUCAAUUCAAUCCCAGCGCUUCUCGCCGCCCCUUACCAACCCUACGCAACGUCGCCGACAUCCUCGACUCCCGGCGCAUCCAUCGCUGCAGUGUCACCGAUAGCUUCAGCUCCGUCUCACCAUGACCUCGAGGCCCUCCAGGCUGCGACCGCCGAUCCUGGCUACAAUGGCAUGCAUCGCCUGCCGCCCAUUCCCGGCUACUCGCCGGCGACGUCGCCCAAUGGCAAUCCCACAGUGCCCAUCCCCGCAAGACCGGGCCGCUCUACAGCACCGCCCUCAAAGCAGACCCGGAUGCGCCGCGCCUGCGACAUGUGCAGCUCGCGCAAAGUCAAGUGCGACGAAGCCGGCCCGCCCUGCAAGGCCUGCAUCUCCCUCGGCGUUGAAUGCACUUAUACUCGACCCCAGCGACGACGAGGCCCUCCGAACCGGCACGCCGAAGCUGCCAAAGCCAAGCGAGCUCGAACCAACUCCAACAAUAUGUCACCCACGCCUCACAAUGCCGCCGAGACCCUCGUGUCCAUCUCGGCAGACGACACCCCUACCCCUACCCCGACCCGCACCCCUCGAACGAAGCCCCUCGAUGCCGAGGACAUUGCGCCGUGGGACAUCCUCGUCCUGCUGGUCGACGACUUCUUCACCUACAUCCACCCCUUGACUCCCUUUCCGCACGAGCCGACCUUCCGGCAGGCCUUCCUCGAGAGGCGAGACCGCACGAGCCCCCGCUUUCUGGCCCUGCUCGCGAGCAUGAUCGGCACCCUGGUCGCGUCCUUCCCCCGAAGCGCCCGGUACCACCUCAAGGCCCAGCACAGCGCCGACCUGUUCCCGCGCGCCAUCCUGAUGAUCGAGCAGUGCCGGCUCGUGGCCAUGCAAGCGCGCGGCGUGACCUUCAUGGCCAAGGAGGACUACGACGUCUACGACGCCGCGACGAGCUACUUCCUGGGGCUCGGAGCGGGCUACAGCCUGCAGUGGCGGGUGUGCCACAGGUACAUGGCCGAGACCAUGGCCAUCACGCGCGAACUCGGCCUGCACCGGCCGCGAACACAGGAAGCCGGCCUCUACUACGCGUCGGCCAACAGGCCGCUCAACCACAUCGAGUACGAGAUCGGCAAGCGCAUCUUCUGGGUCCAGUUCGUCGGCACGCGGUCCAUGACCCAGCUGGGCUCGACCUCGAUGCACCCCAUCAUCCCGCCGCCGACAGGCGCCGAGCCGUACCCCGAGCUCCCCGCGGACGUCAACGACGAGCACAUCUUUGCCGACGGCAUCCAGACCCCGGAGCCCGGCACCAUCACCCGCAUGACCGGCUUCAUCAAGGGCUGCCAGGUCUACAUGACCAUGAACCCCAUCCUCGGCCAUGAGCUGCACCACGGCUUCCGCACCCUGCCCUGGUCGCAGGCGAAAUACAUCCUGCACGACUGCCUCGCCAAGGUGAACCAGGUCACCGCCGCGAUCCCCGCCGAGCUGCGGCUCGACCUCCAACCCAUACCCGGCAUCAGCACCUCCCCGCGCAGCGACGACGGCGGCCCGGCGGCGGCCGCGGGCGUCAUCGGCCCCUCGGCGCUCAGGCACCUCCAGGAGGCGCACGGCCAGCAGUACUACCCGGCCGGCGAGCCGACCAUGCGCGAGAACGACCUGCGCAACAUGUUCUACAAGGACCCGCGCCGGCGCCUGCAGGUGCAGUUCGAGAUCCAAAAGUCCAACAUCUACGCGUCCUCGCUGGCGACGCGCUCCUACUUUGUCGAGCUGUACCUCAACCUGCGCGACGCGAACCGGGCCCGGCAGCAGCUACAGCCCGUCGACGUGGCCGCCGCCGCCGUCCGCGAGCUCGACGCCCUGUCGUCGUCGGGAGCUAGUGCCGGCAGGGCGGGCGCGGAGGACCCGAUCGACGCCAAGAUGACGCUCGAGCGCGAGCUCAUCGUCGAGAACACGCUCGUGCUGCUGACGUCGAUCCCGCAGCGCAGCAUGGAGCCCAACGGCAACUCGCUCAUCAACAAGAUCCGCCAGGUCGCCUCGACGCUGCUCAACGGCGCGCGCGAGCGCAAGGGCCCCGUCGCCGUGCGCGCCGACCAGUACCUCGGCCGCUUCCUCGAGAUCCUCGUCAAGCUCGAGAAGCUGGGCGGCGUGGCUCCGACGCCGCUGGCGGAGUCCUCGUCGCAGCAGCAGCAGCAGAGUAAUAUGAACUACGACGGCGCGCUCGAGACCAUGACGCCCGAGGACGAGGACCAGGAGCUGCGGCACUGGGCAGACCUGAGGGAGUUUCAGGUCAAGUUUGCGCAGAGUGGUGGGUUCUUGGGCAUUCUAUGA